UCCUAACAUCAAGCCCAAAUCUUUUAACUCAGCCGAAAAAUGCCCACAAAAGGCAGGGGGUGGCGGGGAGGAGGAGAAAGAAAAAAAAAUCGUUUCCUGUUGCUUUAAUCCCUUUAGUCAGACUUAAGUAACGUCGCCCAGGGCGCGCUGGCCGGGUGCCUGGUUGUGGAGGCAGGCAGCGAGAGGCCGCCGGGGACAGGCCGGCGGCUCGGCCUCGCUCCCCCGGCCGGGAGGCGCCGGGGUCGGGGGGCGGCGCGUCGGGGGCUUCCCGUGGGGGCUGCCCGCCGCCACCUCCGGCCUCUUGCAGCGCCGGCGGCGGAGAGGGGCCGGGCGGCUGUGGGGGAGAGGGGGCGAAAGCUACACACCCAGCAGCAGACCGUCCAUGUCAAAGAUGAGGUAGCUCACUCUUUGUCAUCAAGAUCAUCGGUUACAGGUCGAGACCCUGGUUGUACAAGCAGACAUGAUGGCAGCCACCUCAUGCUCCCAAGGUGCCAUACUGACCUGAAGGCCUAUGCUGCUUUGGGACUCUGUGCCAAAGCGGCGGUGGAAAGGAAACCCUCACUUUUCCUGUAGUUCACGUGACUGGACUUUGCACCCAUUUACCAAUAAAAAGAGAACAGACAUCUUGUGUGUGAAAACUAGAGGCAGAAACAGAAACCAUUCCGUGCUGCAAGGGUACUCUCCAGGUGGACUUCAGGAAGUGUGGUCCUGUGUCUGGGUGUUCAGUCCCUGUCAGACCAGCAGCUGAGGCUGUUCUAAUACCUGGAGAGCCACAGUAGCCAAUAGGAAGCACUGCAUACUGCUGCCCAGUGGAAGGGCGUACGUGGUGGGGAGAGAAAAGUUGUGGAGACGGCAAGCGGGGAGGAGCAGCAGCAUCAAGAGUAGUAAUGGUAGAGUGCCAGUGGUAAUAGCAGUGCCUGGGCAAGCAAAAUUGGAGGAUUCAAGCAGCUGCAUUCAAAAGGAAGAAGAUGAGACUCCUUUUAUUUCUAACAGUUAGCCAGUAUGCCAUAAAUAGUGUCCAUACCUACAGUGUUUCAAAUCCCAAUGUCGUUUUACUGAUGGCUGAUGAUCUCGGUAUUGGAGACCUGGGAUGUUAUGGAAACAGAACCUUAAGAACCCCUUAUAUUGACAGGCUAGCAAAGGAAGGAGUGACACUUACUCAGCAUAUAGCAGCAUCCCCGCUGUGUACUCCAAGCAGGGCAGCUUUCCUGACAGGGAGAUAUCCUAUCAGAUCAGGAAUGGCUGCCUUCUCACGAGUUGGUGUCUUCUUAUUUUCUGCUUCUUCUGGGGGACUUCCUUCUGAAGAAAUAACAUUUUCAAAACUCCUGAAGCAAAGAGGUUACGCAACAGCUCUAAUAGGAAAAUGGCAUCUUGGGAUGAACUGUGAAAGCAGUAAUGACUUCUGUCACCACCCCCUCAGUCAUGGAUUUGAUUACUUUUAUGGGCUCACCGUGACCAAUCUUAGAGACUGCAAACCUGGCCAAGGCAGCGUAUUUUUAAAAGGGGUUCAGAAAUACCUUGUCAUCCCAGUCCAAAUCCUUGGAGUCACCCUGGUCUCUUUGGCAGUAGUGCAUUAUGUUGGCCUCCUCAAAGUACCUUUCCAAGCACUGGGCUACUGCCUGUUAAUAACAGCUAUUUCACUUGUGGUUUUGAUUUUUUUCUUUUAUCAUUUUCGACACCUGAACUGCUUCUUAAUGAGGGACCAUCAGAUUAUCCAGCAGCCAUUAUCCUAUGAGAAUCUUACUCAGAGAUUGACAACAGAAGCUGUACAGUUUAUAGGAAGGAACACUGAUACGCCGUUUCUUCUUCUCCUGUCUUAUCUUCAUGUCCAUACAGCUCUAUAUGCUUCAAACAUGUUUAGAGGAAAAAGCAAGCAUGGUUUAUAUGGAGAUGCAGUGGAGGAAAUGGACUGGAGCGUAGGGCAGAUUCUGGAUGUGCUGGAAAAGUAUAAUCUGAGAAAUAAAACUCUUGUAUACUUUUCAUCUGAUCAAGGAGCUCACACUGAAGAAAUCUCAAGUUCUGGAGAAGUCCAUGGAGGUUACAAUGGUAUAUAUAAAGGUGGAAAAUCAACAAACUGGGAAGGAGGUAUUCGUGUGCCUGGGCUUCUCCGUUGGCCUGGAUUGAUACCAGCUGGUACCUAUAUGGACGAGCCAACAAGUAACAUGGAUAUAUUUCCUACCAUUGUCAAACUUGCUGGGGCACAGUUACCCUAUGACAGAAUUAUUGAUGGACAUGAUCUGAUGCCCUUACUUCAAGGAAAAGUUACCCGAUCCAAGCAUGAAUUUCUCUUCCAUUACUGUAAUGCAUAUUUAAAUGCAGUACGCUGGCAUCCAGGAAAUAGGCAAAAUGUAUUCUUCAGUGUUCCUCUACUAACUAGGACUUCCAAAGAUGAGGUGAGUCUGUCUGGAAAGUCUUCUUCUUCACUCCAAACUUCAGUCCUGAAGACUCUAAUGGUUGCUACGAUUCUCAUGUUUGCUUUUGCCAUGGAGGAUUCAUCACACGCCAUGAUCCCCCACUGCUCUUCGAUCUCUCCAGAGACCCUGAAGAGAAAGUGCCACUGACUCCAAAAACAGAGAGCCGGUUCUAUGAAAUACUCAGGGUCAUACAGCUAGCAGUAGCUAGCCACACCAGAUCACUGCAAGCUGUCCCCGACCAGCUCUCUUGGGACAACCUUCUCUGGAAGCCAUGGCUUCAGCCAUGUUGCUCAUCUCUCUUUCAGUCUUGCUACUGUGACUAUGAGUCAGAAGACAGCCUGCUGGAGGUGCAUUCUGGAUAAACAAGCUGCAGUUCCCUUUCAGAAACUGGAACAAGGAGAAUGUCUAGGUAGUUCACUUGAACCACUGCACAAAGCCUUUAGAAGUCUUUGUUAUGUAGGAUGAACUGUCUUUAAUACAGUGUUGCGGUAGAAUUUCAGUCAAGAAAAUGUGCCAAGAGAAGGAGAGCAAGACACAUCUUUUCUGACUUAAUAAUAUAAGAAAUGGUAUGGAGCAUAUGCUGCUGCCCUUAUCUACAAAUGUAUGUAUUUUCUAGAUUAGAUUAUUUUCUAGAUAUUCAGCUUCAGCUUUGUUUUUACACACUGAGGAAUUCACCUGUUGUUUCUGUCAAUUAUAACCACUAAGUGCACACUUUUCUGUCCUUUUCAGUAAGUACUAUUCACUGCUAUUAGGAUAUUUCACCAAAAAAUACAAAUAGAGAGAUAAUGCUGGAGAAGUCCAUCUGUGACUAUAAUUUGAUAACUGACAGAUAGGUAAAGAACAGAUUUGUAGCAGCAUCUCUAUCAAAAAGCAUCAACGAUAUGAAAUAAUAAACAGUGCCAAAAAUCUAACACUGCAUGCGCCAUAAAAGUAUAGAGAGCUAUAUAGUAGAAGACCUUGGUCCGCAUUAAAAUGGUGCUCUCUAACUAGCACCCUACUGCAUGACAUCAACCUUUGUUUAGAAGAGAAACCACUUCAGGUGCACCAGGUGUGUCCUUGAGUGUGUACUAUAACUCUUCAGAAAUACACGCAGGCCAAAUUCAUACCCAAGAAAGAAAGAAAGAAAGAAGGAAGGAAAGAAGGAAAGAAAAGAAAAAAGAGAAAGAAAAAAGAAAAAAAAAAGAAAAAAAAAGGAAAUCAUAAAUUAUUUAAUCCCUGAUCUAGACAAACCAUUAUAUUCAUAACCCAGUUGCUAAAAUGAAAGAUUUGGUCCAUACCUAGUAUCUGAGUUUCAAAUUCAUACUAUAAUAUAAAGGCACUAUUUACAUACCAUACCUGUUCUUCCACUGAUGAGUGCAGUGUGCAUCACAGAUAAAUAACAUUUGGUCUUGCUUUAAAUAUUUUUGCUGUUGUUUAAGCUCUCUGGAUAGGAUCUACCAUUUUCUGACAAUAAACUUGGGCUUGAACAUUUAAAUUUUCUCAAAGCCAGAUAUACCACUUUCUUGAGUUCUUAGCAAGGCCUUGGGAAAUCUACAAUACUUCAGGGCUAAUUUCUGUAUCCGUUUUUAUCUGCAUCUUAUUCGGUCACAUUUUCUAUCCACUCUAUAGCCAGGCAAACAGUUUUAUUUGGCAGAUUGUACCAGAGGAGGACAUACUAGCAAAAUACUAAAACAAUUUGAUGCCUGAUAAUAGAAGGAGACUUGCUCCUUAUUAGAGAACACUGGUUAAUUCCAACAUUUUAAUGUAUUACAGUCUGUUUGGUGGUAUUACCAAAGCAUUAAUGCAAAAGAGAUCUCAGCUGAUAAUAAUGCAGCAGCUUCAGUCAGCUGACAUUAAGGUUGUGACCCAGUUGUUGGGAGCUGUUGAAGCCUGUCCUAUAAAAAUAAAUUGUGGUAUAAGGUA